AUGCCGUCGCGCGGGGACGCCAGCGGCGGCGGCGGAGCGCCUACCGCCUCCCCCGCCCCGCCGCAGCCGGCCAAGGGCAAGGGGAAGAUGAAGGGGGACGACCUGGUGAGCAGCGACGACCUCUCGGAGGAGGACCGCGAGCUCAAGGCGCGUCUCGAGGAGUGCGUGGAGCGGGCACAGAGCCCCGACCCCCGCCUCCGGGUAGAAGCCAUCGACACCCUGAGGAAAGAGAUUCGUGCGGCGACAAGCUCAAUGACGUCUGUCCCGAAACCACUCAAAUUCCUCCGUGCACACUACGGAACUCUCAAGGCUUACUUUCCGAGAAUGCGGAAUCCUGUACAGAAGAAACAUAUGGCUGACAUUCUGUCAGUAUUGGCCUUGACAACGUCUGCUGAAGGAGAAAGGGAAAGCCUGAAGUACUGUAUGAUGGGCUCUUUAGUUGAUAUAUGUUCAUGGGGUCAUCAAUACGUGAGAAACUUGGCUCUUGAAAUUGGACAAGAAUGGAAGGACAAUGGCUCAUCAACUCCAAUUGAAUCCAAAAUAGAACUAGUGCUGGAAAUUGUCAAAUUUCACAUGAAGCAUAAUGCUGAAACUGAAGCGCUGGAUCUUCUGAUGGAGGUUGGAUACCUUGAGGUGCUUACAGGCAAAAAAUAUGAAAAAUACUUCACGAUGCUACUUGAUCUUGUUGACUCUACCAACUACAAAAGGGCAUGCUUGUAUUUGACUAGUUGUUCUAUAUACCUUUUGACUCCUGACCGUGAGGCCUAUGUGGCCACACUUGACAUUGCCUAUGCCAUGUACUUGAAGUUUAGGGAUCUUGCAAGUGCUUUGCGGAUUGUGCUUGUCAAUAUCGGCAAGAAUGUGAAGAUGGUAUUUGGCGAAACUACAGAUUUCUCCCUGAAGCAGCAAUUCACAUUUAUGAUAGCACGCUAUGGUUUAAGCGUGGAGAUAGAUGAUGAGAUGGUUGCAGAUGAAAAUGAGAAGAAUGCUUUGCAGGAAAUAGUUUAUAACACCAAACUGAGUGAGGGGUACCAUACCCUUGUGCGGGAUAUUGGUGUCAUGGAGCCAAAAUCUCCAGAGGACAUAUAUAAGGUUCAUCUGAUUGGCGGUCGAGGUACCAGAAGCUCCAGCCUUGAUUCUUUAAGGCCGAAUUUGGCCGCAAUUUUUGUCAAUGCAUUUGUGAAUGCUGGUUAUUGCCAGGACAAACUCAUGACUGCAAUACCAGAUUAUUUGCUAUUCAAGAACAACGAACUUUCGAAAGCCAGUGUAGUAGCUAGUCUGGGAAUGAUACAUCUGUGGGAUCCUGAUUCAGGAUUUGCCAAACUUGACAAGUACCUGCACAGCAAUGAUACUGAUGUUGUUGCAGGAGCUUUGUUAGGUAUAGGGAUUGUCUCUUGUGGUGUGAAGAAUGAUAGGGAUCCUGCACUUGCUCUUAUUUCUGAGUAUAGCAAGGGUGCAGCAUCAAUUACACGAAUCGGGGGAUUGUUGGGUCUUGGUAUUGCUUAUGCUGGGUCCCAGAAAGACGAGCUUAAAUCACAUUUCUCAGUUAUCUUGAGUAACCCCCAAACACCUUUGGAGGACUUAGUGUUCUCUGCCAUCUCCUUGGGAUUGGUGUUUGUUGGUUCCUGCAAUGAAGAGAUUGCAGGGUCAAUCAUAUCUGUCUUGAAAAAUCACAGUGAGGAGCUUGCAGAGCCCACUAUUCGUCUGCUUCCAGUUGCCGUUGGCCUUCUAUAUCUUGGAAAACAGGAGAUGGUGGAUGCUACUGCUGAUGAGGUUUCUAAAGCAUUGGAAGAACCAUUAAGGAAGUACUGUGGCCUGACUCUUACGUCUUUGGCAUAUGCUGGGACAGGGAAUGUGCUUAAGGUUCAGGAGCUCCUUCGUUGUUGCUCAGAUUAUGAACCAUGCCAUUUGGAUUUGGAGAAAGGUGGAACCGGCCAAGGGCCAGCAGUCCUUGGAAUUGCUCUUAUUGCCAUGGCUGAAGAAUUAGGAGCUGAAAUGGCUGUACGGUCCCUCGAGCACCUUUUACAGUAUGGUGAUCUUAGUAUUAGAAGAGCGGUUCCUCUUGCUCUUGGCAUGCUCUGCAUAUCCAAUCCAAAGGUCGUCGUUGUGGACACACUGAGUAGACUGAGCCAUGAUGCGGACGGUGCAGUGUCAAUGGCUGCAAUCAUCUCACUGGGCUUGAUAGGUGCUGGUACAAACAAUGCACGUAUAGCCAGGUUGCUUCGUAAGCUCUCGAGUCAGGAAUAUGGCGAUUAUCUGUAUUGUGUGAGGAUUGCCCAGGGUCUUCUUCACCUUGGGAAGGGCUUGCUGACACUUGACCCAUACCACUCUGACAGGCUACUUCUAUCUCCCGUAGCGCUAGCUGGGCUUGUAACCGUUCUGCACGCAUGCCUUGCCAUGCAACCCAUCAUCGUCAAAAAGUAUCCCUACAUGCUAUACAUCCUCGCCCUUGCUAUGCAGCCUAGGAUGUUACUGACCGUGGAUGAGGAUCUCAAGCCCCUCCAUGUUCCUGUUCGCGUCGGCCAAGCAGUCGACGUGGUUGGUCAGGCGGGAAGUCCCAGGACCAUCACUGGCUUCCGGACGCACAGCACGCCUGUAUUGCUCGCUGCAGGGGAGCGAGCUGAGCUAGCAACUGAAAAAUAUAUUCCGCUGACACCAGUUCUGGAGGGCUUUGUGAUCCUGAGGAAGAACCCAGAGCAUCAUGAAGAUUGAGAAAUCAGUGCAAUCCAAGCGUAAGCGGAUGGAGUGUCAUGAAGAGGCUUGGUCUACAUCUAACUGUCACACAAGCAAACGGCAAUGACUAUUGUGAAGAGGCUGCAAAUAUUCCUUCAACAGAGUACAGCGACAAUACAAAGUAUAGAAUAGCUAAGGGGCCAAUGUACAGAUGGAGACUGGGUAGUUUCUUUGAAAAGAGGAGAAACAACUUUUGUCGGGACGGGGAACAGAAAUAGUGGGUGUGAGUGAAGGCUGUACAUCAUAGCCUCAAAAUUUUGUGUUUUCACUCAAUAGACCAGAGCAAUUUUUGUGUUUCCCAGAACAAGAAAAGCUGGCCAUGUUCCCUAACAUGUUCUUAUAUAGUCUUUUUUUUUUGUC